AUGGCUACCUAUGCCCUGCAAAUCGCUGGACUGGUGCUUGGUGGUGUUGGCAUGGUGGGCACACUGGCUGUCACCAUCAUGCCUCAGUGGAGAGUGUCUGCCUUCAUCGGAAGCAACAUUGUGGUUUUUGAAAACUUCUGGGAAGGACUGUGGAUGAAUUGCGUGAGGCAAGCUAACAUCAGGAUGCAAUGCAAAGUCUAUGAUUCCCUGUUGGCUCUCUCUCCAGACCUACAGGCAUCCAGAGGGCUGAUGUGUGCUGCCUCUGUGCUGUCCUUCCUGGCUUUCAUGACUGCUGUCCUGGGCAUGAAAUGCACCAGGUGCACUGGGGACGACGAGAAAGUGAAGGGUCACAUCUUGCUAAUGGCUGGGAUCAUCUUCAUCGUCACAGGCAUCCUGGUGCUCAUCCCGGUGAGCUGGGUUGCCAAUUCCAUCAUCAGAGAGUUCUACAACCCUAUAGUGGAGACUGCCCAAAAGCACGAGCUUGGAGAUGCUCUCUACAUAGGCUGGACCACGGCGCUGGUGCUGAUCGCUGGAGGGGCACUGUUCUGCUGUGUUUCCUGUUACAGUGAAAAGAGCCGAAGCUACAGAUACUCUGUCCCUUCCCAUCGCACAACCCAGAAAAGCUAUCACAUGGAAAAGAAGUCACCGAGCGUGUACUCCAGAAGUCAGUAUGUGUAGUUGGGUCUAGUUUCUAACUUUACUGAUAAAGCCAGCAAAUGGCUGAAAUGCCCACUGUUUUCUAAAAAUGGAACCCAAAGGAACAUUGAUUUGCCAUUCUUAAUUGCCUAACAUUAAUUACAGGAACUGAGCAUUGGCUAUUUAUGAUUCUAUAAGCUAUUUCGCAGAAUGAGGUAUUACACACAGUGCUUUGAUUGUUCUAGGAAGUUCAGUAAUAUGUUUUCUAAAAUGAUUCAUGCAUCUUUUCCUUUCACCAGUUACUUCAAAACGACAUUGUUAAAGGCUGUAUUAUUUUACAGCUGUGAUUUCUCUAUGACACAGCAUUAUGUAUGUAGAUCAGCAUGAUGUUUAUAUCUCACAUAAAUAGAGACAGGCUUACAGGGUUCUAUUUUAAAUGAAAUACUGAUUCAAUACACUGAAUAAAUAAAAUCCAACUAUUGCUUUUCGGGGGAGUCGGGGAAAAGAUUGAAGAACGUUAAUAUUAAUUGUGUAAAAACAGCUUAGUGAUUAACGUGCUCGAUUUAUAACAAAGGUUAAAAUGAAGGCUUUAAUCAGCAGCGUAAAGGAAACUAAAUGGCUUUCUGAUAUCUUGUUUUUCAACCUAGAAGUUAGAAAUCCUAACUCCUUUAUCCUCUUUCCCCAGAGGCCUUUCUUUUCUUGUAUAUUAAAUGAACAUCUUUUAGAAGGCAGAUAUUUUGUCAAGGGGCUUUGCAUUCAAACUGCUUUUCCAGGGCUAUACUAAGAAGAAAGAUAAAACCAUAGUCUAAGAAACAUUAAAGACUUCAGGAAAGUGAAUUUUUCUUUUUCCUCUGAAGUUUUUAUGGUCAGGGAAGGAUACAUUUUGACAAGAAAUCAUGUAUGUACGUGAAUAUUUUCGUAACUAUUUGAAUAUAGACUUUGGGUUUUUAUUAAUAUAAAUAACAGGAUAGGACAAUAAUAUGUCUUAGUUUUUAGUUGCUUACCAAAAAACAAAAACAAUUUAUUCUUUGUAUACUCUAUCUGCUCCUAAGAUAUCGGUAGAUACUGAGUUCAAAUUGUCAUUUCAAUCCCAUCAAAAGUAAAUAUUUUACUUAUUCCAUUUUUUAUUCAGUCUUACUAAGGUAUAGAGAAAUACUAUAUCUUUGUGUUUCCCCCAAACCUGAUGCAACUGAUAAUUCACUUUGAAAGUUUGUAUCCAUAUUUUUCUAGCUUAAAUGACUAUAUAUAUAUGUAUGUGCUUUAUGUCCUUUAUAUUAAUAAAUUGUGCCUUUUAUAUAAAUUU